UUCAACCCCAAUUCUCCCAGUCAUGGGAGACCCUCCAUUUAUAGCACAUCCAUGAAAAGACAAAGCGCAUUCAAAAUGGAGCACUUGUGGGACCUCCCUGGUGGCGCAGUGGUUAAGAAUCCGCCUGUCGGGGUACCUUGUCAUAGGUGGGGCUGGAUGGCCGUCUCCUUCGGCUUCCACUGUGGGCUCAGCACGUUACUUGCACCGAAGGCCGAGCCGGCACCACAGUGGCUCCCAGCUUGCAGACAAAAGACAUCAAUCUCUUUCCUUAGUCGGCCAGACCUUCCAAACCUGGCUCAUAAAAGGCUAAAAGGCAAAAGUCUAGGAAUUAUCUUCAUCCCUGGCUAUAUUAAUAUGAAUGGUACAAAAGCAUUGGCGAUUGAGGAGUUUUGCAAAUCUCUAGGUCACGCCUGUAUAAGCUUUGAUUACUCAGGAGUUGGAAAUUCAGAUGGUAACUUAGAAGAAUGCACAGUGGGAAAAUGGAGAAAAGAUGUUCUUUCUAUAAUUGAUGACUUAGCUGAAGGACCACAGAUACUAGCUGGAUCUAGCCUCGGUGGAUGGCUUAUGCUUCAUGCUGCAAUCGCACGGCCACAAAAGGUUGUUGCUCUUAUUGGCAUAGCGACAGCUGUGGAUGGCCUAGUGACACAGUUUAAUCAGCUUCCUGUUGAGGCAAAAAAGGAAAUAGAGAUGAAAGGUGUGUGGUCCAUGCCAUCAAAAUACAGUGAAGGAGGAGUUUAUCGCAUUCCGUACAGUGUCAUUAAAGAAGCAGAGCACCACUGCUUGUUACAUAGUCCUAUUCCUGUGAACUGCCCUAUAAGAUUGCUCCACGGCAUGAAGGAUGACAUUGUAUCAUGGCAUACGUCCAUGCAGGUUGCUGACCGAGUAGUCAGCACAGAUGUAGAUGUCUUCCUCCGAAAGAAUAGUGAUCACCGAAUGAAGGAAAAAGCGGACAUUCAACUUCUGGUUUACACUGUUGAUGACUUAAUUGAUAAGCUUUCAACUGUAGUUAACUAGAAUCACAGUUUUAGUUGGAAUGUUAAGUAAUGGACCCAGAAGAUGGAAGAGGGAUAACAGAUGAAGGACCCUGAU